CCCGUGCCGAGAAGCGUUCACACGCACACGCCGACGGGACACGGCGAGGCCGACGUCACCGCGCGCGGCCGCCGCCAGCAACGGCUCAGACAGAGGCCCGUGCCUGCCUCUGCCCCAAGGAAGGCGAACACCGCACGCACGCACGCGGCCUCAAAAAAAGGAGAGCCUCCUGCUAAAAAAGAGAGGAAGGAGGUCAAUCCAGCGAUCUGCUUGCUUCUUCCCCGCCCGCCCGCCCUUAUCGAGGAUUCCAUUCCAACCCCCCGUCGCCAGCCCACGCACCCACCAUACCCAGCUCGAAAACGAGAGGAUCAUCCGCAGGCAAGGCCGGGGAGAGGAUCGAAUCAAGGAGGGCUCGCGUCGGGGAUUGGAGCUCACGCGAACCAACCAUGGUUGAAUCGGAGGUCGACGCGUCGGCGGCACCGACCGCCACGGCCACGGCCAGGGCCUCGGCGGCGGUGCUCACCGCGCCGCUGUCGCUGGAAGGGGGCCUCGCGGCGGAGCUCCAGCCGGCGAACCUCGUGCAGCGGGUGCUCAGCCUCUUCGGGAACGUCAGGCCGGGCGCCGAUCUCUCGCACUUCCAGCUGCCUGCUACGUUCAACCUGCCAAAAUCGCAGCUCCAGUUGUACGGGGAAAUAGUCUACUGCGACGGAGACGACUACCUGAGCAGAUGCGGCAAAGGCAAGGACAGCCUCGAGCGCUUCACGGCGGUCGUCGCAUGGAGCAUCUCGACGACGAGGCCGCCCAUCUUUGGUUUCGCGCCCUACAACCCGGUCCUCGGAGAGACGCACCAUGUCUCCAGAGGGUCACUCCAUGUCCUUCUUGAGCAGGUGUGUCAUAAACCCCCGGUCUCUGCGCUUCACGCUACCGAUGACGGCGGGAACGUCGAGCUUGUCUGGAGCCAACACCCAGUGCCGAAAUUUAAUGGUGCUAGCAUAGAGGCAACGGUGCACGGCAAGAGGCAAGUCAGGCUUCCAAAGUUCAACGAGACAUACGAGAUGGACUGUCCAAAUCUGCUCAUCAGGCUGCUUCCUGGGCCCUCCGUCGAGUGGUCCGGCACCGUCAGGAUCGUCUGCAAGGACUCCGGGCUCGAGGCAGAAUUGAGCUACCACAGAAGCAACUCCUUCAUGGGAAUGGGAGGUGACGGGAGGUGCGUUAAGGGCAAGGUGUUCCAUUCAUCGAGCCCGCAGGACACCGUCUUCGAGAUCGAUGGCUACUGGGAUAGGACUGUUUCACUCAAGGAUGUUGAGAGUGGGGAGGUCUUGGUUCUCUACGACGCGAACCUCUCCAUCGCUAACCUCGUCACACCGGAGGUUAAAGAUGAAGAGGGCUUGUCAUCUACCGAGUCGGCGGUCGUCUGGAGCGAAGUCAGCGAGGCUAUCCUGGCAAAGGAUUGGGAGAAGGCUAGCGAGGCGAAGCGGAAAGUCGAGGGCACAGCUAGGAGCCUUGAGAAGGAGAGGAAUGAGAAGGGAGAGGUGUGGAUGCCCAAGCACUUCUCAUUGUCCCAGGACAAGGAUGGGAACUGGGAGUGCUGGCCAUUAGAGAAAUCAGUGCGUCCAGCUCCUAUCGUUGUACCUUCUCCUUCUUCAUGACACUACAUUACAUGUAAUAACAAUGUUAAAUCAUAUAAUCAAGCUGACCAUUCUUUUUUA